GCUGUUCUGUGCAGGGACCAGCAGCAGCUCCUCCCGAGCACUUCAGGAAAAUGCUGAGAAGCCUGAAAGGACUCGUGUGCCAUUCUGGGAAGCUGGGCCAUGGCUGUGCCCUGCCCAGGGCUGCCCUGAGCUCUGUGUCCAGCCAGGAUGUCCCAGCAGAAAAACCCCGAGCGAUUUUCCACACCAGCGAGAGCGACCCGGCCAAGCACACGGAGCAGCACGAGGGUCGCCUGUACAGCAUCCCCCUGGAGGAGGUGAAGGCUGUGUUCCCCCAUGGGCUGCCCCAUCGUUUCCAGCAGCAGAUCCAGACCUUCAACGAGGCGCGGGUGAUGGUGCGGAGGCCGGCGCUGGAGAUCCUCUCCUACCUGAAGGGCUCCAACUUUGCCCACCCUGCUGUCAGAUACGUGAUCUAUGGUGAGAGAGGAACAGGCAAGACCAUGACCCUGUGCCACGUGGUUCACUACUGCUGGAGGCAGGGCUGGCUGGUGGUGCACAUCCCCGACGCUCAUCUCUGGGUGAAGAACUGCAAGGAACUUUUUCAGUCUUCCUACAACAAAGACCGGCUGGAUCAGCCCCUGCAGGCUUCUGUCUGGCUCAAGAACUUCAAAGCCACCAAUGAACGUUUCCUACAAGAGAUAAAAACACAGAAAAAAUACAUUUGGGGCAAAAGAGAAAGCACAGAGGAGGGCAGCCCUUUGAGGGAAGUGGUGGAGCAGGGCCUGGCGCGGGUCAGGAGUGCCAGCGAUGCCGUGGGGGUGCUGCUGAGGGAGCUGAGGCAGCAGAGCCAGCGCGGCUCCUGCCGGCUCCUGGUGGCUGCGGACGGCGUCAACGCGCUCUGGGGACGGACCACGCUGAGCAAGGAGGACAAGAGCCCUGUUUCUCCUGAGGAGCUGACGCUGGUGCACAACCUGAGGAAGAUGCUGAUGAACGACUGGAGUGGAGGUGCCAUUGUGACCACCCUGAGCCAGACUGGCUCUCUCUUCAAGCCCAGCUCAGCCUACACUCCCCAGGAGCUGCUGGGAAAGGAGGGCUUCGACGCCUUGGACCCCUUCGUGCCCAUCGCUGUCCCCAACUACAGCCCCAGGGAGUUCGAGAGCUGCUACGGCUACUACCUGGAGCGCCGCUGGCUGCAGCACGAGCGAGCGCACACCGAGGACGGCAAGGCGGAGCUGCGGUUCCUCAGCGGCUGCAACCCGCGGCAGCUGGACCGGCUGGCGGGACCGCUAUAGCGCAAUAAAGGCUCCGUUCUGCCGCU